AUGCAAACAUCAGCCAACAUUUUCAGCCUCCACGGUUGCCCACCUUCACACCUUCCCUAUUUCCCUACAGUUUCCUCACCAUUUCGUGCCAACGGACAAAUCCCUGAUUCAUUCUACAGCUUCCAAAGUGGUGUAAAUACUCCACAGUUCAUAACCAUUAAUAACUCGACCUCGGAUGAAGGAGAAAAGAAUCAAAGGGAUAUAAUGAAUGAGAGAAAGCAGAGAAAGAAAGUAUCCAAUAGAGAAUCAGCGAGAAGAUCGCGAAUGAGGAAGCAGAGACAGCUUGAUGAGCUUUUGUCACAAGUGAUGUGGCUUAGGAAUGAGAACCAUCAGUUGCUUAUAAAGAUUAACCGCGUCUUGGAGUCUCGUGAGAAGGUUAUUGAAGAGAAUGUUCAUCUCAAAGACGAAACCUCUGAGCUUAAGCAAAUGAUUAGUGAUAUGCAGCUUCAGAAUCAGAGCCCUUUUUCUUGUUUAAGGGAUGACAUUGUAUAG